AUUCAUUCUUCUUCUUGUAUAGAAAAUUAUCUUGGAGAAUUUUAAGUAGAAAUCAGUUUUCAGUUUGAUUUUUUGUAUUUAUAUCAAAUGCAGCCCUUACUAAGAAAUACUCGUCCCUCCCUGGGACUUAUUCAACGUUUCUAUUGCACCCCCAAAAAAGGAGCCGGUGAAACCAAAACCAUACCCAAAAAUGUGUUGGAAGGCAAUCAAACCGCACAAUUGCAAGCUGAAAAUGGUGCUGUUUUCGAUAAGAAACCAUUUAAACUUCAUUUAGAUCAAAACAAAGUAUACAGUUGGUGUUUGUGUGGCAAGUCGAAAAGCCAGCCCAUUUGUGAUGGUACACAUAAAAAUGAAUUUUUGAAAAUUAAAUUGAGGCCCAUCCGUUUCAAAGUGGAAAAAACUGGAGAUUACUGGCUGUGCAACUGUAAACACACAAAACAUCGCCCCUUCUGUGAUGGCACCCACAAACAGCCCCAUAUUCAAUCUGCUGUCAGAUAAUUGAAUUUAUUACCUGCAGUUUUGUAUAUUAAAUUCACAUAAUUGUUUCCUUUGUUAUGAAUAAAGUUUUUCGCUCGAAAUAAAAAA